AUCAGUUGGGAUUUAGGGGAAACGAAAUCUUAGUGUGAAAAGAAAAAGGAAAAGCUACCAAGCCCACAAUUUCUUCUCUGAAUCUCGUCCCACUCUCUCUCUUCAAAAAUAACAGAAAAAGAAAAAUAUUUACUACUAAAUUCUCACUCUUUUAGCGAAUCUGUGAUUUUCGACUCUCGAAGAUAGAUUUAUGGUUCUCGAGAUCUGAGACUGGAGGUAUGGUCGAUUGGGUAUUUGCCAAAAAGAUCAUUUUCUUGUUCAAGAGGGAACAUGGGUUUUUGUUGGAUUGAUUGUGAUUCAAAUUUCUUAUAAUAAAAGAUUUGGGUUUUUUCUUGUUGUAGUGUAAUAGGGUAUUUAAGGUUGCCUUUCUGUUUUGCUGGUGGGUGGAGUUGAAAAAUGGGGGCAAUAUUGUGGAAUGAUGAGGACAAGGAUAUGGUGGCUGCGGUUUUGGGGACUAAGGCUUUCGAUUACUUGAUAUCGAGCUCGGUUUUGGCCGAAUGCUCGUUAAUGACUAUGGGGAAUGAUGAGAAUUUGCAGAAUAAGCUUUCAGAUCUCGUGGAACAUCCUAAUGCUGCUAGUUUUAGUUGGAAUUACGCAAUUUUCUGGCAACUAUCGCGAUCCAAGUCAGGUGACUUGGUCCUAGGAUGGGGGGAUGGUUGUUGUCGAGAGCCUCGUGAAGGUGAAGAAUCCGAAAGGUCUCGGAUUUUGAAUUUUAGGCUUGAGGAUGAGACUCAGCAAAAGAUGAGGAAAAGGGUUCUUCAGAAGUUACAUACUCUGUUUGGGGGAACUGAGGAGGAUAAUUAUGCUUUUGGAUUAGACAAGGUUACGGAUACUGAAAUCUUCUUCCUUGCGUCCAUGUACUUCUCCUUCCCUCGGGGAGAAGGUGGCCCGGGGAAGUGUUAUGGAUCUGGAAAGUAUGUUUGGUUAUCAGAUGCAUUCAACUUCUCGUUUGAUUACUGCGUGAGGUCGUUUCUUGCGAAGUCUGCUGGUAUGCGAACUAUUGUUUUGAUUCCGACUGACAUUGGAGUGGUGGAAUUAGGAUCCGUGAGAUCGGUUCCAGAAUGCUCGGAACUCUUGCAGAUUAUAAGAUCUUCAUUUUCUUCAACUUCGUCUCUUAUCAGGGCCAGUCAAGCUGCGUCUUUUCCUGUGGGGACGAGUAGAAAAGAUGGCGACAACCCAAAAUCUGAUUUGGUAAUUGGUAGCAGAUCAGACAUAGUUCCUAAGAUUUUUGGUCAGGAUAUGAAUUCCGGUUCUGUGCAGUUCAGGGAAAAGCUUGCUGGUAGGAAUUUGGAAGAUAGGCCAUGGGACGUAUAUGCAAAUGGGAACAGGCUUCCAUUCACACAUGCAAGAAAUGGUUUCCAUGGUUCAAGUUGGACACAAUUGGGUAAUAUAAAGCCAGGGAACUCAGUAGAAAUUUACAGUCCUCAGACCGUAGCCAAAAAUCCGCACGAGCUUGUUAACAGGACAAAGGAAGAGUUUCAGCUUAGUAGGUUUCAGCAUCAAAAGCCUGCCCAAAUGCAGAUUGAUUUUACUGGAGCGACUUCAAGACCUAUAACUUCUCAACCUCGUAAUGUCGAUUCUCAGUGUUUAGAUGCUGAGGUUUCAUGCAAUGAGGAGCUCUCUGAUGAUAGAAGGCCUCGAAAGCGUGGUAGGAAGCCUGCCAAUGGAAGAGAAGAAGCUCUCAAUCAUGUUGAGGCAGAAAGACAACGGCGAGAGAAGCUGAACCAGCGGUUUUAUGCAUUGCGAGCAGUUGUGCCUAAUAUUUCGAAAAUGGACAAAGCAUCCCUCUUAGGAGAUGCCAUUGCUUACAUAACUGAACUGCAGAAGAAGCUGAAUGAUAUGGAAUCCGAGAAAGAAAAGUUUGGAAACAUUUCACACGAGACAAAGAUUUUGGAAGCAAAACCAAAUUCUGAAUGGCAAGAUCAACCUCCUAGUAUUGACAUCCAAUCCGGUCAUGAUGAAAUCAUUGUGAGGGUGAGCUGCCCAUUGGACGCUCACCCGGUAACAAGGGUCUUUCAAGCAAUCAAGGAUUCACAAGCAACAGUUUUUGAGUCGAAGAUUGACACAGACAGUGACCAUGUAUUUCACACAUUUGUUGUCAAGUCGCAAGGAUCAGAGCGAAUAACAAAGGAGAAAUUGAUCGAGGCAUUUUCCCGUGAGUCCGGUUCCUUACCACCAUCAAAAUCUGUUAUCAACAGAAACUGUGCUUAACAAAGCUUAAUGUGUAGUGAAUACUGUGCUUAACAGAGCUUUAAUGUGGAAAUUUCGAAGGUUUUUUUUUUGAUAUAUAGGAAUUAAUGCUAGGAGCAGAAAAAUAAUCUUCUACUGAAUAGGAUAGCAAUUCUAUUAUUGUUUAUAUGACACAUUUGUCAUAAAGGGUAAUCGUUGAAGAUAAAUUGAAUUUAUUAUGUUGUUAAGCUAUUAACUUUGUUUUUAAGUUCAUUGAUGAUCGCGAGCUGUCGGUUUAUCUUG